AGCUAUGCUCACGUAGAUUCCACGCGCCGGAACAGCGUGUUUUUUGUUUUCGCUGAUGUGUAAUUUUUUGCAUGAACUACUUCAUUACAUGAUCUCGUUGAGGUCGUAAAAUAUUCAUUUUAAAAUAAGGUCGUAAAUGCACAAAAGCAACGGAUAUUCUACCACGGAAAUAACCGCAGCCCUGGAACGACGGAGUGAAUGAAAUGGCGCCCAAAGGAAAGGUUGGAACCAAAGGCAAGAAGCAAAUCCAUGAGGAGAACAAGGCGACACUGAAAUUCUACACCAGAGUCAUUAUAGGAGCUAAUACCGUGUACAUAGCGGCAAAUCUAAUUUUCUAUGACCUCUCCUUUUGGACAUGGAUCCCCUUGUUGUUCGCACUGGUGGUGUAUGUUGGCAGCUACAGGUCCAUGGCAACGAUGGCGAAACCAGCAUUCGCUGAGAACGGCACGUUACUGGACGGAGGAAUAGAUCUGAACAUGGAGCAGGGCAUGGCAGAGCACCUUAAAGACGUUAUCCUGCUGACCGCUAUAGUCCAGGUUCUCAGCACCCUCUCCUUCUAUUUCUGGUACCUCUGGCUUCUGGCACCCGCUCGAGCUGCGCAUCUGCUCUGGACAAACUUCCUGGGUCCCUGGUUUUCGGCCGACUCUUCUGCACCCGCAGAGGAGGUUAACGAGAAGAAGCAGAAACGACAGGAAAGACGACAGAUGAAGCGAUUCUAGUUCACAGCUUACUUUUAUUUUUAUCUUCAUCAUAAAAAUAAAACAACAUUCAUUUGUUA